AGUACCGGGAACUGCCUAUAUUUUCUACCAAUACCAUACAAGAGGAAUAGAAAAGAUCUUACAAGAGUAAACCCUGUUUUCCAAGUCUUUGUCUCUUCGUGAUAAUCUGAUUCGUUGAUUUCUACGAUGGCCGGAAAAGGAGAAGGACCAGCGAUCGGUAUCGAUCUCGGAACGACUUAUUCAUGCGUCGGCGUUUGGCAACACGACAGAGUUGAAAUUAUUGCUAAUGAUCAGGGAAAUAGAACGACACCGUCUUAUGUCGCUUUCACUGACACGGAGCGUUUGAUCGGGGAUGCUGCUAAGAAUCAGGUCGCCAUGAACCCCAUCAACACUGUCUUUGAUGCUAAGCGUUUGAUUGGGAGGAGAUUCAGUGAUCCCUCUGUACAGGGUGACAUGAAGCUAUGGCCAUUCAAGGUUAUUGCUGGUCCAGGUGACAAGCCUAUGAUUGUGGUUUCAUACAAGGGUGAGGAGAAACAAUUUUCUGCAGAGGAGAUUUCUUCUAUGGUUCUGAUUAAGAUGCGUGAGAUUGCUGAGGCUUAUCUUGGAUCCACAAUUAAGAAUGCAGUUGUUACUGUCCCUGCUUAUUUCAAUGACUCUCAACGCCAAGCAACAAAGGAUGCUGGUGUAAUUGCUGGCCUCAAUGUCAUGCGCAUUAUUAAUGAGCCAACUGCCGCAGCUAUUGCUUAUGGUCUUGAUAAGAAGGCUGGAAGCGUUGGUGAGAAGAAUGUCUUGAUUUUUGAUCUGGGUGGUGGGACUUUUGAUGUCUCACUACUUACCAUUGAAGAGGGUAUAUUUGAAGUAAAGGCUACUGCAGGUGACACUCACCUUGGAGGAGAGGACUUCGAUAACAGAAUGGUGAAUCAUUUUGUACAAGAGUUUAAGAGAAAGCACAAGAAGGAUAUCUCUGGAAACCCUAGAGCUCUUAGGAGGUUGAGGACCGCUUGCGAGAGGGCUAAAAGGACUCUCUCAUCUACUGCUCAGACAACAAUUGAGAUUGACUCGUUAUAUGAGGGUAUUGAUUUCUAUACAACAAUUACCCGUGCCAGAUUUGAGGAGCUUAACAUGGAUCUCUUCAGGAAGUGUAUGGAGCCUGUCGAGAAAUGUUUGAGGGAUGCUAAGAUGGAUAAGAGCAGUGUACAUGAUGUUGUUCUUGUUGGUGGUUCGACUAGAAUUCCUAAGGUGCAGCAGUUGUUGCAGGAUUUUUUCAACGGAAAGGAGCUAUGCAAGAGCAUAAACCCUGAUGAGGCUGUUGCCUAUGGAGCAGCUGUUCAGGCUGCAAUCUUAAGCGGUGAGGGCAAUGAGAAAGUGCAAGAUUUGUUGCUCUUGGAUGUUACCCCUCUAUCUCUUGGACUAGAAACAGCUGGAGGUGUUAUGACCGUCUUGAUACCAAGGAACACCACCAUUCCCACCAAGAAGGAGCAGGUGUUUUCUACCUACUCGGAUAACCAGCCUGGUGUUUUGAUCCAGGUUUACGAGGGUGAGAGAGCAAGAACCAGGGAUAACAACUUGUUAGGAAAAUUCGAGCUAUCUGGCAUUCCUCCAGCUCCAAGGGGUGUUCCUCAGAUCACUGUGUGUUUUGAUAUUGAUGCUAAUGGUAUCUUAAAUGUGUCUGCCGAGGAUAAAACCACUGGCCAGAAGAACAAGAUAACUAUCACAAAUGAUAAGGGGAGGUUGUCCAAGGAAGAGAUUGAAAAGAUGGUACAAGAGGCAGAGAAAUACAAAGCAGAGGACGAGGAACACAAAAAGAAGGUUGACGCCAAGAAUGCUUUGGAGAAUUAUGCCUACAACAUGAGGAACACAGUGAAAGAUGAGAAGAUCAGUUCUAAACUUGCUGCAGACGACAAGAAAAAGAUUGAGGAUGCCAUUGAACAAGCUAUCCACUGGUUAGAUGCCAACCAGCUGGCUGAAGCAGAUGAAUUCGAGGACAAGAUGAAGGAGCUUGAAAGCAUCUGCAACCCUAUCAUUGCCAAGAUGUACCAGGGUUCCGGUCCUGACAUGGCAGGUGGCAUGGACGAGGAUGCUCCUCCAGCUGGUGGCAGUAGUGCUGGCCCUAAGAUCGAAGAAGUAGAUUAAGCUGCUUUUUAGAAUGUUUUUUGGUGGUGGUGUUUUGUGGAGCAGUUGGGUACUGGGAAGGGAGGCGUUUCUGUUUGCUGGUUUUAUUGAGCAGUUAUUUUGAGAAGGCGUUUCUUUUUGUUGAACUGCUACUUUUGUUAUCUAUUUGAUAUUUAACUUUAAUAUAUUGUGUAGUAUUUUUCUUUUUGAUUGUU